CAUGCAAUUAAAUAUCUAAUUCCUCUGCAUACUUAUGUACAAGCUAAGGAAGACUUCGAUGUGCUUUUUAAUUUUAAUUUUAAGUUUGAUCUUUCUGAAGGAGUUGAAAGUUGGAUAGACAACAUUUGGGAUAAUAAAAUUGAUGAAAUAACACGACCAGAGUUAAAGGGAGUUGAUGAACCCUUUAUUAAAAAUAGUGUCGAGAAAUU